CUACUAAUUCAAACUAGUAGUAGUUUUUCUCUUGGUUAAGAUGGUGCUAACUAUUGUACAAUUAGCACCGUAGCCGUUCCCCUUUUUCCACACUUGCUCGCACGUGUUUGUUUAUGAAUGUGCCUUUACUUGUGAUGUGAUUAAUUAAUAAUAACUUAAAUUAUAGAUCAUUUUGGGCCAUUAGGUCUGAUAAUAAAUUGGAUGCAAUGGUUGACUAAAUUAUCAUAUUAGCUUCUAUGAUAAUUUGGGAUCCUAUACCUAGCCCCGGUAUAAUAUUUGGAAUUUUACAAUACUAUAUAGUAUUGGUGCUAUAGGUUUUUGCCUUUAUGGUACAACUUGAAAAUUAUACAUUUAUGUAAUGGUACAACUUUGGAUUAUGCCUAUAAUGUUUGUACAAAUUCUUUUAUGGUACAACUUGAACUUGUACCAUCACAUAAUGAUACAAAUUCUUUUAUGGUACAAUCUAAACUUAUACAUUUCAUGUUAUGGUACAACUUUAAGUUGUACAUUAAAGCACCAAUACUAUAUAGCAUAGUAGAAUUGCUCGUAUAAUAUAGGUAAAUGCUUUUAUUCAAAGUGAUUCUUCGACAAGUAAAUAAAAUAUUUUCAUCUGGUGAAAUUAUUUACCACUUAUUUUAUUUUUCUAGCAUUGCUAAAGACUUUGAAAUAUCAUUUAUGAACUAUGUUUUGAUGGAGAAUAAGUUUACUUGAUAAAAAUGUAUUAUCCUCUUAUGUCGUCAAGAAAAUGAGUGAUCUGAUGUGCUCGUUUUGGAUAACCAAAAUGGAUGCUUAUUGCCUUAUUUUUGUGUAAUUACACUUCCCAAGAAACGCGAUAUAGUUUAGUUACCCGUUAUCCAAAUUAUUGUUUUUUUUUUCCCGAGCAAUGCCAAGAGAAUAGUUACAAAUAACACUACCCACAAUCCCUUCCUAUCCCACUAGCUAGCCACCCAACAAAAUCAAAAGAAGCUAAUUCUAACCGGGACAACAACAGGGCUUUGCGUGCCACUCUAUGAGCAGCCCAGUUGGCUGUCCGCGGAACAACUCUACAGUCUAUACAAUGAGGAAUAGACUGAAGAAGAAAAUGACAAUCUCUAAGCAGCGGACCACCAAACGAAUCCUCCACCACACGGAGCUUGAGCUGACGGAUGACCACUUCUGCAUCUCCUUCAAAGAUGACACGAGAUGUAAAAGUUACAGGGCUCAAUUUAGCGGGUUAACCCAAUAAAAACUCAACGCUAAAACGGUGUAAAAUAAAUCCUGUAUUCAUCCCAAACUGGAACCCUUCUGGGCUAGGCGUUGAACGACCAUGGGCCCUAAACCCAUGUAACAUCCACUUCUCCAGUUUCAGGUUGUAUCAAAGGAUCCGUUCCGACCAAAAAUGAAACGUGGUUGGAUAUUGGGGCCCAACUCGCUCAAGUUGCUUUCUUCUCUGCUGCACUGGGCCACAGCUAUGGCUGAAAAUUGGCCCGACCCGCCUCUGACCCUGUCUGAUCCGCACCUAAAAGGUCAAGAUGUAUAACUGACCCGCCCCGAUCCUGUUUUUUUUAUGAUCCUGUCUGACCCUUUAGGGUCGGGGCGGGUCAGGAAGGGUCGGGUCAGUGGGUCGACCCUAAUAAAUAGACUAUUUUUCUAAAAAUUACAAUUUGGCACCCGAAUUUAUUUUGUCUUACAUUUUAGUACCUAAAUUUUAUUUUUUUUUACAAAUAAGUCCCUAAAAUUUGAUGGUAAAAUUACGUUUGGUACCCAAAUUUUUUAAUUUUUACAAUUUAGUACCUAAACUUUUAAAAUUUUACAAAUAGGUCCAACAAGUUUGUAUGAUGCUAAGGGUCAUAGGGUCAAAAAGUGACCCGACCCUAAGCUGACCCGACCGUAAAUUGACCCUAUAGACAAACUGACCCAGCCCGACCCUCCGGUCGGGGCGGGUCAAUGGGUUUUAAGGGUCAAACUUACACCCCUAGCCACAGCAGCGCAUCCGGUCGUGCAUGCGGGUCCAUCUUUUUUACAUAACUUAGGGGUUGGUUUGGUUUUAGUGAUUGUUUGGUGGGAAUAGUUACAAUGCAUGUAUUGUUCACAAUGCAUUGUUUGUUUGAUUUGACAUAAACUAUCACUCAAAAUGAGCGAUAGUUAAUUCUCAAGUUUUUUAGAUAUUGUUGAGAUUGUUUGGUGAAGAUUGUUGGGGUUAUUUUUUCUUCCAACUAUGUCCCUACCUUUUCACGUGUGUUACUUUUUUAUAUUAAGAGCAAAUGGUAAAAGUGACAUUCAUCCAAAAAGUAAUACAACUUGUUUAAAUACUACAAUAACUAUCACAAAAACCAAACGAUGUAAACUACAAUAUACCAAUUUUCUUAUAUACAUGCAUAUUAGAAUACAUACAUUGAUGAAAAUCCAUCAAUUUAACUAUCAACAAAAUCAAACGAUAUUCUGAAAGAAAGUUAACCAGAAAAAUAUCUACGUAAAAUUGAAAUUUCCCGUAAGAGAAGAAAAAAACAAAAUAACCUUAGCAAAAUCGGGGAAUUUUAUGCUUCGCUGGACAUAAAUGUUGGUGGUUAAUCACAUUUUACUAUUGUUAUUUCAUUUUUAUAAAUGUUCAAAAGUCAU